UUGGUGCCGGAAUUAGGAAGCCGGGGCGCAGGGAUUUGAGGCGACAGCCCUAGCACCGCCCUCAGGCGGAGGGUGACGCGACCGGGGCCAGGCUUCCGCUGUGCUUGGUCCUCCUGCUCCAGCCGCCAGGGCGGGGAGACGGCCGCUCCGUCACCUCACGUGACAGCCUCGCGCUCGCGCCGUCGCCUUGGAGACUGGAAGCAGCCGCGCUGCCUUCGCACGCUCCGGGCCCACGCGCGCCCGCUAGUAACCGCCGCCUCGCGCCGCCAGGGGAUGCGGCCCCCGGCGCCAUGCUCUGGAGUAAAGGCAUCAGCGGGCUCGGCGCUGCCGCCGCCGCGGGGACCGGCCGCCUGCGCCACUGCGGCCCGCGCGGGGAGCGGGACUUAAGCAUCUCUGCGGCAUCAUCUUUACAAACUCACAGUGUCAAGGGGAAAUUUUCCUUAUCGGGGAGUAGAAAGCUAUUCUUUGACACCCAUGCUCUAGUGUGCCUGUUGGAAGAAAAUGGGUUCACUACUCAGCAAUCAGAGAUCAUUGUAUCCGCAUUAGUGAAAAUUAUGAACACCAACAUGGAUGUGAUUUACAAGGACAUGGUCACCAAAGUACAGCAGAAAAUAAAACUUGAACUCUAUCUGCUAAAGAAGCAAGUAAUGGAUGAAGUUACCAAAGUUCGUGCAGAUAACAAAUUAGGCUUCAAUCUGGAGAAGAGCAGAGUAAAAGAACUGUAUUCAAUUAAUGAAAAAAAACUGCUGGAAAUAAGGACAGAAAUAGUGGCAAUGCAUGCACAACAAGACCGAGCUCUAACUCAAACAGAUAGGAAAAUAGACACAGAAGUUGCAGGACUGAAAACAAUGUUGGAAUCGCACAAACUUGAUAAUAUUAAAUACUUAGCAGGUUCAGUAUUUACAUGUCUUACUGUAGCACUGGGAUUUUAUCGUCUGUGGAUAUAAUAAAGCAUCUGUUUAAAAGGACUUGUGCCUCUCUUGCCUUAUGAAAAUCAAGCUUCAAGAAUUCAGUCUUCACUUUAAAGCGAGUCGAUACUAUUUUAUUUAUAUUUAUUUUUUAAAAUAAUCUAUAUUGAAAAUGUAACCAAAAUGUGCCUGGGAAUAAAUAUAGAGAGAAGAUUACCUCUGGCACAAACCAGGCAUAGUCGACACAGCUCUGCCAAGUCCCCUCAAUCUUGACCAGAAACAUCCUUUUCCUAUUGUAAUUUUAGAGCCUAGGUUAAGCAGACUGCACGUUAUACCAAAUGGUGUAGUGACUGUGUGAUGUGUCAAAGAAUCCACUAGGAAUUAUAUGCCAGACUCUGCCAAGAUAUGCAUGUGCAAUAGCAGUUGUAUGUAUCAGAACAGAAUUUGGUCAUACAUUUAAAAUCUCCAAAUGUAUUUAAUUAGUGACCUUAUGGCAAUUUUGGACCUAGCCUUUGGAGUGAAACACUACUGGAUUAAUGCACAGCCCACACACUUCCUCUUUGUUAAUAAAAUGUAGUCAUAUAUUGUAAAGAAAUAUUUUUUCUAUCUGUUAUACUAAUUUUUACAGUGUUGUUUGCAUCAUGGUUUGUUUUCCAAGUUGCCGUCCAAACAAACAAUUAUGUUUCAUGAAAAAGUGUUGUGUAACGAAACAGUGUCUCUAAGACCUUUUUGGUUUUUUACGUAGCAUUUUAAGAACUCACAUUUAGGACACACAAGGUUCUGAAACUCAUUGCACGUGCUAAUUGUAAAUUUUGUACUAAAGCUGGAAUAGAUGUUUGAAGAACAGUAAGAUCUAAUAGCUGAUAUUAAUCUCUUCUGCAAGUCUAUAUAGAGAUACAAACUGCUCUCUGUCACUGCUUGAUUGAUAGAAGAGAACUGCUUCUUUUACUCUUGAGGUGAGAAUUAAAGCUGAUUAGCUCUCUUCUAGGGAGGAAAGAGCAAUUGGCUAUCACUUACUAGAGUGACAGCCUUAGGGCUGUGAUCACUAAGGGAAUGUCUACACUAGCCAUUUUCCCAAAAGUUUCCCACUGGUUCUACAAAUGGUACAGCUCCUCUACUGGUAGCAAUGGUAGGAGCACUUAAUGUAGACUAUCCACUGUUUAAUCCUGCACAAAGCAAGGCCAUAUGGAAUGGUAGUUAUAAUAUCAAUGCCUUCUCUACAUUAAUGCUUCCACUAAUGGUAGCAAUGAGGGGAAAUUAUAGGGAAAUGGGGCUAAUGUGUCCCGGGUCAACCACCAAAUAGAGCUGCCAGGUCCAAUCACUCGCAUUAACCUAGGGUCCUGUCUCUCUGCUUAGCUUCUCUUUUUGUUUUUUUCCCUCUCUUUGGGCUGAUGAUAAAGGCUGGGAGGGUACCAUACCAGUUUUGCUCCCUGCUUUGUUUAUUGAAGUCCUGGCAGGCUGGCUAACUUGUGUGUAUAUAUAUCCCAGUAGCCAUUGAACUUCCUUGGCUGUUGAGGCUAUCAUUUGUUAUAUGAAGGCAGAGAGGAAGCCAGAUGGAGGUAGAAGUAUCUUACAAAAUCUAGGACUACCCUGGACCUAAUGGCUAAUGGAUAAUCAUUAAAAAUGUAACUCUAAUAAUAAUAAUCUGAGUUUAAUCACUCUUAAUAAAAAUAACCAUUUGGUUUUUCCUAUUAGUAGUGAUUCUUAAUUUAGUAAACCUUACCCCAGCUGCUAAGAGUUAAGAAACAACAUAAAUAAAAAGACUUCUAUAAAACACUGAAAAGGAGAGAACAUUCAAGAGUCAGUGUAAAGGAAGCAAGUAUUACAAAACAACAUGCUCCAAAUUACCAGCAUCUUUUGAAUCGGUUUUGUGUGUGUGGAAAAGCUAUAAUAAUUAUGCAACUCUUAAGGGUUGUGGUAAAGCUAGAUUUUUAUAUUUAUUUAAAAUGUCACUUUUAAAGUGUCAAGCAUUAUAAUUUAGGUAAACAUCAUGUGUGAUCUACUUCAGUUUUUUAUAUAUAUAAAAGCACUUAGUUGGAACUAUAUAUUCCAGGGUAACAAGAAUAUAUCUCUGGUCACCUGGAUGCCUAAGCAGUUAAUGAAUUGUCAUAUGACUAAAAUAUUAGUGAAUUGUAAAUAAUUUAAUCUGCAUAUUUAAUUUCAGAUGUCAAGUGAAUUCUGCUGAAAAGUGAGAUUGUUGUACAAGAGGAUCUGAGACUUUUGCAGUGAAAUAAAGCUGCAAGAUUAUAAGUUUUUGUUUUGUUUUGCUCCAGAAAUGGAUCUUAAAGGAAAACCAGCACUUUUAAUGUUUGCUGUAGACUGGAAUUAAUAAAGUUCACAAAAAGGGGCAACAUAAAAAAUAGGAAACAUUCAGUAUUCCAAGCCUGUAAAGUCUCCAGGUAUGGUGCUCGAGGCCAUGAAAUUUCUAAAUUAGAUAUGUUGUUAGAUGCAAAACCUUCAUUGGCCAGGGAACAUGGUACAGUUUGCUAUGCAUUUAAAAGCCAUUGCAGAUCAGUUAUGAUAGUUUCUGACAUAUUCACACAAGCUGUAAUAUCUUUACCUGCACUGGCAUUAAAAAAAAAGUGCAAAAGCCCUUUCUACAUUUGAAAAGCUCAAAUAAAUCCCUUCCAAUCUGAUCUUUAAAAUCAAAAUCCAGUUUACUGAUUCAGAUGAGCAAGCACAUCAGCGCCCAUGAACUAGUUUUUGGAAUGUUAAGAUUUGAUCCAAAGAACAAAUAUCUACAAGCAGCAACUGGGAAACCCAACUCCACUGCCAUUAAUUCUCCAUUCCUUAAUUUCGCUAAAAGCUUUUUUCUGCACACAUGCUACAUAAUGUCUUCAGUAUUAUAGCAUAUUUCUCAUCAGGAUCUGAAAUGUAUUUCCGUAUCAGAUUUCAAAAUUUUGGCUUUGUACUGGCAGACCUCAAUUCAGAAGGUGUGGUUGUCUGGCAUAGCUGCAAGCUGGGUGGGUUUUGUCUUUCUAUAAAACCACUGCAAUUCUGAAAGUUUCAAGGCAGCCUACUUUUCUGUCAAUAGUACAGUAUGCUGCUGGGCAGAGAAUGGGAGUUCAGGUUCUGAGUACCUUUAGGCCGGCAUGAAUAGAAAGUUCUGCAGAGGGGAUUUUAUGGGGAGGGUAGAGGAUGUUUUCUUUGGGGGUUGGGGAUUGCAGUCUUCCUCUGCCAGAAAUACAGGUUGGUUCUAUAAUAAGCCUUGGGGCUCUGGGGAGCAAAUGUGAAUUAAGGAGGAUCUCCCACAAAACAAACUUUACAUAUUUAUACUAGUAGGAAUAUACUACUAGUAUACUAAAUAUACUAGUAGGAAGAAGAAACUGAGAUGGGAGUUCUUACAGUUUUAUUUUGCUUACAUUUUUGUUUAGUUAAAAUCUGUAACCAAGAAAGGCCUCUUUCCCUAGUAAGUUCUAACCUGUUUCUUUACAGUUAAAUUACCCUACCCCUAUCGAUAUUAAAAAUGUUGAUUGUGUCCUUUUUCAAGUGUGGUGUUAAGGGCUUAUGUGCUAAAACCAUGAGUAGAGAAAGAAGUGUUGUUUCAAACUAGAUAUUUUCUUUGCAUUAACUGGAAAUGUUCCUUGAUUCUUCUACACACAUGAUCUGCCUUAAUGUUAAUGUACUGUGUAUUUGCCUUCACAGCGCCAGAAGCAGUCUAUUGCUUUUAACUACAUAUACCUGAUUCCUCUGAUGUAAUUGCUGAAUGUUAUUCUUCUUUCUUUAUCCAUUUUUAUAUUCCCUGGCAUAGGUAAUCUGCAUCCUUUUUCCUAUUCUUCUGCCUGUCUGUGUCUAUGCCAGCAAACAGUCUAGCCACUCAAGGUCUUGUCACUAACACUUCAUCUGUUUAUCUCACUUUUAAACUGUUUGCUUCUAUUUUAACUGCCUUGGAUCUUGCAACUUGACCAAAAUAUUAGAAAGAUCAUUAAAACCAUCUAAAAUCAGGAUCAUAUUUCAAGCCAAAAGUUUGACAAUACUAAAAAUAUACUAAAAGCUUUAAAGUGUGUUUAUGGUCAGUAAAUGACUAUAUAAAAUGACAUUUUAUAUGUACUCACUGAGUGAAAUCCUGGCCCCACUGAAGUCAAUAGCAAAAUUUCUUACUGACUUCCGUGGAGCCAGGAUUUCACUCUACAUGUAUUGCAAAUCAUGUCUGAUUUACCUCCAUGGGAAAAAAAGGGAUUUUUUUUUUCACUCCUGCUACCACCUGCAGAGUCGACACAGCACAGUUUUAUUUUUUUCUAUCAGCAUAAAUGUUAGCUGAAUUCCAGUUGCCAAUUUGUUAUUACUGGUCACAAUACAUGGGCAAGACUGAUUUUCACAUCCCAAUGUAAGUUUUCAAGGCUAAAAUAAAGGGAUCUUUUUUGCUUCUAAACUAAGCAAAUUCUAUUUGAAAGACACUGAACAUGAAACAGCCCAAUGCACACAUAGUCACUUUUCAUGAUAUAAUUGCAUUAUAAAUUAAGUUCAUAAAAAUAGAUAUUGAUUUUUUAAAAAAUAAUAUACUGGAACAGGAAUUGUAUUUGAAAAAUAAAUCUUUAUUCCUUGAUCACUUUAUAGUUUCAUAAUGCAUUUUUAAUUUUUAUCAUAUCUUGUUUUUAUUUGUACAGCUAUUUAUAUUUUUACAGAUUAAAAAAGUGCAUUCCAUUUCAGCAAUUGUUACAUCAUCAACUGUUCAUGUUAAGUGCAUAAAUAGAAAACUGACCUUUGCCAUUAAUGAAAUGUGUGGAAUAUUUGGUGUUUGUUUUAAUCUGAAAUAAAAGCGUAUAUGCUGGCAAAA